CUCAGUGGUCAGCUCUGGCCUUCAUCUUAGUGACAUCAGCAGAAGAUCUGGAUGUGUUUGACCUGAAGAAAUACUCUGCUUCAGAGGAGGCUCUUCUCAGGCUGCUGCCAGUGGUCAAAGCUUCAAACAAAGUUCUACUGAGUGACUGUAACCUCUCAGAGAGAAGCUGUGAAGCUCUGGCCUCAGUUCUCAGCUCCCAGUCCUCCAAUCUUAGAGAAAAGGAUCUGAGUAAAAACAAGCUGCAGGAUUCUGGAGUGGAGCUGCUGUCUUCUGGACUGAAGAGUCCAAACUGCAAACUGGAAACUCUCAGACUGAGUGACUGUAACCUCUCAGAGAGAAGCUGUGAAGCUCUGGCCUCAGUUCUCAGCUCCCAGUCUUCUAAUCUGAGAGAGAUGGAUCUAAGUAACAACAAGCUGCAGGAUUCUGGAGUGGAGAAGCUGUCUUCUGGACUGAAGAGUCCAAACUGCAAACUGGAAACUCUCAGACUUAGAUCCUGUAACCUCUCAGAGAGAACUUGUGAAGUUCUGUUAUCAGUUUUUAGCUCCGACUCCUGCUGUCUGAGAGAGGUUGACCUGGAGAACAACGACCUCCAAGAUUCAGGGGAGAAGCUGCGGGAUUACCUGAAGAAAUCCUCUGCUCCAGAGAAGGCUCUUCUCCCACUGCUGCCAGUGGUCAAAGCUUCCAACAAAGUUCUACUGAAUGACUGUAACCUCUCAGAGAGAAGCUGUGAAGUUCUGGCCUCAGUUCUCAGCUCCCAGAACUCUAAUCUGAGAGAGAUGGAUCUAAGUAACAACAAGCUGCAGGAUUCUGGAGUGGAGCUGCUGUCUUCUGGACUGAAGAGUCCACACUGCAAACUGGAAACUCUCAGACUUAGAUCCUGUAACCUCUCAAAGAGAACUUGUCAAGUUCUGUUAUCAGUUCUUAGCUCUGAGUCCUGCUGUCUGAGAGAGGUUGACCUGGAGAACAACGACCUCCAAGAUUCAGGGGAGAAGCUGCUGGAUUACCUGAAGAAAGUUCUACGGAGGAAGAGCAGCAAACUUCAGCGUGGAGAAAGAGAUGGAACCAGAGCUGGACAGCUGAUGGCCAAUAACAGCAGCUGUGCAGCAGCAGCAGCUGAUCCAGACGCUGCCGCUUGCAUCCUCAAUAGAACUAAGAAAGUGGAGAACAUCAGCCCAGUUCUAAAGUGUUUCCACUGA